AAUUAAAUUAAUCAAUUAGUGAUCUCAACUUACAGCGGAACAAAUGCCGUCGAUGGUGGAGUCCCCGGCCGGAAUGGUGUCUUUGCUCCGGCGAGCUUUCGAAGACCGUCAGUCCAGCAAGGCGUCCGCGGCCGGAAGGGGCGGGGGCAGCGGGGGAGUGUUCAAGAUGUUCAAGCUGAUACCGAUGCUGGGUUCCGGUUGCAAGAUGGUGAAGCUGCUGGCGGCGCGGCCGAGCAAGCAGGCGAUGCUGGCCGACAAAGCCAUCGCCGUGACCCUGUUUGGCCCCCGACGUGGCCGCAUCAGCUUGGCCAUUCAGGAGGACCCCCGGUCGCCGCCCUUCUUUCUCAUCGAGCUGCCGGUGUCCACGUGGGUGCUCCAGCGGGAGAUGGAGUCCGGGCUGGUGAAGCUGGCGCUGGAGAGCGAGACGCGGACGCCGCGGCGGAAGGUGGCCGAGGAGUACGUCUGGGCUGUCUACUGCAACGGCCGCAAGGCCGGCUACGCCAUCCGCCGAAAAGAGGCCUCCGAUGAAGACCGCCGCGUGAUGGGGCUGCUGCGGGGGGUGUCCAUGGGCGCCGGCGUCCUGCCGGGAUUCUUCACCGAGAAGGACGCGGCGGCGGACGGCGAGCUGACGUACAUGAGAGCAAGGUUCGAGCGGGUCGUGGGGUCCAAGGACUCCGAGUCCUUCUACAUGAUCAACCCCGACGACAGCACCGGCGCCGGCGGCGAGCUCAGCAUCUUCCUCGUCAGGUUGAAGUAAUAGUCCUGUAAUACCAACCCUAUUAAACACGAAUUAAUAAACAAUUAAACCUUCUUAAUUUUUGAGCUCCACAUAUGAAGUAAUGAUAUUACUGUCGGUACGAUUGUAAAUAAUCAAUAAUACUUCUUAAUCUACCUUAUUUUACAAAUAUACAUGAUAAAAUACAUGUGGUAAUGUAAUUACUACGUACAUUAUUUCUCAUGAGAGGAUUUUUCAGCAUUUACAUCUAGUCAUGCUUU